AUGGCUUCUCUAUUUUUCAUUUUUCUUCUCCUUCUUCUUCCUCAUCUGCAUGUCCAUGGAAGUUUGAACACAGAAACAAGCUUCCAUCAAAACUAUGAGGUUAUUUGGGGUCAUGAUCAUGUUGUGUUCUUAAACCAAGGGAAAGAAGUUCAGCUCACAAUGGAUAAUUCUUCAGGAUCUGGAUUUGGAUCAAAGAUGGCAUAUGGGUCAGGACUGUUUCAUAUGAGGAUCAAAGUACCAAACAGGAAUUCUGCUGGAGUUGUCACAGCUUACUAUUUAACUUCAGAAGGAAGUAGGCAUGACGAGUUAGACUUUGAAUUCUUGGGAAAUAGAGAAGGGAAGCCAUACAGAUUACAAACCAAUGUCUUUGUAGAAGGGCAAGGGAAUAGAGAGCAAAGACUUCGCCUUUGGUUUGACCCUACUGCAGAUUUUCACAGCUACAGAAUUCUUUGGAAUCAACAUCAAAUUGUAUUUUAUGUGGAUAACGUCCCCAUUAGGGCAUACAAGAACAAAACUAAUAUUGGAGUGGGGUACCCAUCAAAGCCAAUGCAAAUACAAGCAACUUUGUGGGAUGCAGAAAGCUGGGCAACAAAUGGAGGAAAAACCAAAACUGACUGGAGUUAUGCACCAUUCAAAGCAAAUUUCCAAGGUUUUGAUGUUAGUGGCUGUCAAGUUUUAACCCCAAAUAGCAAAAUUUGUUCUUCUGAUAGGUACUGGUGGAAUAAGCAGAACUUUUGGCAGUUGGAUCCUGUAAGACAAACACAAUAUGAACGUACCAAACACAAGUAUAUGACCUAUGAUUAUUGUACUGAUAGGAACCGAUACCCACAGAUUCCCUUGGAGUGCCUUGAAUCAUCCAAUUAA